AAAAGGGUCAAACACAGUAUAGCUUGGAUCCUUCUCUGACUGUCCCUGAUCUCUCCCAAUCUCUCCUCUUCCUUAUCUUUUGUGUUUCACUGAUCAUCUCUAUCGAUCAUGGGUUCGAAUUUUCAUUACACUAUAGAUCUCAAUGAAGAUCAAAACCACCAACCUUUUUUCACUCCUCUUGGAUCCUCUAUUCAUCAUAAUCAUCAUCAUCAACAACAACAACAUCAAGCUCCUUUUAAUAUCUCCUCUUCGUCAUCUUCUUUGACUUCACCAUCUCAUUCCUACCUCCCUUUCUUGAUCAACUCUCACCAAGAUCAAGUAUAUGUUGGGUACAACAACAUCACUUUCCAACGUUUUCUUGAUCCCCAACUCUCUCAAUCCCUCGAGACCAAGAAGUUUGUAUCUAAUGAUGGAUCAUCAUCAAGCGAUCAAAUGGUGCCAAAGCAGGAGUCACGAUUAAAAUUGACGAUAAGGAAGAGAGAUAAUUUUCAAGACCAAACUGAUCUUCCUCGAUGUCCGACAAAAGACGAGACAGAAACUAAUUCGCUCAAGUGGGUUUCUUCGAAGGUGAGAUUGAUGAAGAAGAAGACGAUUCUCACCACCACCUACAACGACAAACAACACGUUAAUCAGGACCAAUCCAUGAGCCAAAGAAAUCUCGAAGAAGCUCAUCAUGAUCAUCUCAAGAAAACAUUGAAAAAUCAGUACAAUAGUAUUGUCAAGGAGAAUGGUUAUAACGGAAGCAGCAGUUGCGUGGUUAGGAUUUGCUCCGAUUGUAACACGACCAAGACUCCUCUUUGGAGAAGUGGGCCGAGAGGUCCCAAGUCUCUAUGUAACGCGUGUGGGAUAAGGCAAAGGAAGGCGAGGCGGGCUGCUGCAGCCGCAACGGGAACCUUUGACGUGUCACCACUGCUCAUGAAGAAGAAGAUGCAAAACAAGAACAAGAGAUCAAGUGAAGUUUAUAAUCUCGUUUCUCCUUUGGCUCCAAAGGUAAAGAAUUGUAAGAGGAUGAUCACAUCUGAGGCGGUACCGGUGAUAAAGGCCACAACAGCCGGGGACUUGGAGACUCAAGGCAGAUCCGAGAAUAUGUCGUUUUCUUCUUCGACGUGUUCUUCUUCAAACAAGUUUGAUUUUGAUGAUCUAGCCAUAAUCUUAAGCAAAAGCUCAGCUUAUCAGCAAGUUUUCCCUCAAGAUGAGAAGGAGGCUGCCAUUUUAUUGAUGGCUCUAUCAUACGGAAUGGUUCACGGAUGAUUACAAAGUU